AGUUGGCAGCGCACUAGCGCUCCUCAGUUUUCAUGGCUCAUUACGCCUCUAACCGGCAACCAGUCAACACAAGUCUCUCAACUCCGUGUAGUUUUGCGCGAUACAAUAUGCGUCCGGCUGCCACGAAAUCAAACCAGGGAGAGGGCAUCACUCUGGAAGAGGCCCGCCAAGGUGAUGGAGCCAUGGUGAUCGCGAUCGAAAACCAACAACAAGAAGCUGAUUUAGUUAUGGAACAGUUCGAUGAAAUCGUUUUUGGUGGAUGCGACGAUCAAGCACGAUCCGCUCCAGGAGCAGAAAUUGUUCGUCCAUUGAACUACGCCGCAGGACAUCCAAUGCAGGAUAGGCCUUUCUGGAUGCGCCAUCUAAACUUUACUUGUGAUCGUUACUUGUUUGUGAUCGUCAUCUUGAUAAUCUACCUGAUCGUCGUCAUCGUCGGCCUGGCCAUCGAUAUUUGGGACAAAAGUGACUUGUCCGCUUCCUAGAUCUGCGGCUGCCGACACUACUUAUGAAAUGCAGCAGACCAUUAUAAUGAUGUUACACCAUCCUUCACUAUAUUAACAACCGAACUAAUAAACUAAUUAACAACCGGUCACUAAUAUCAAAAACUGAAACUUGUUCUGUAUUUCAAUAAAUUUAGUUUGGACGAUA